UCUCAUUACCAUAAUAUCGCUGCAUCUUUCUGUCAUAUGUAUUUAUGGCUCUACAGGACUUAUAUUUACAAAUUGUUCUGCAGAUGAUACCCUUCAGUCCAGACAUUACAGGUCGCAGAGUGGUCUUCGUAUGAAUACAAGUCUACGACAUUGUAGACAAUGACCAUUGUUAUGAGAGGGAGUCCAGCUGGGGGAGACUCCCCCCAAGAUAAUACACAACAGCAACAACAGCCACAGGGGGGAGGCCAACCACCACAUGCUGGGCAGGCUGGGCAGGCUGGGCAGGCAGGAACUGCAGCCCAGCCACCCCAGCAGCCACCGCAACCCUCCGGGUCAGCCCAGCAGCCUCAACAACCCAGCCCAGGACAGUCAUCCACCAGCACUGAUGUUGAUGGUAGUCAAGAUGACACCACCAUGGUCGCUGUUGACCUUGUUGAAGGUCAGGUACCAGAUUUUCCUCUUCAGGAGCUGUCAAGACUCGAUGAAAUGAUAAAUCGUCCUAGAUGGGUUGUCCCAGUUCUGCCAAAAGGAGAACUGGAAGUACUUCUAGAUGCUGCUAUAAAACUCUGCAAAGAGAAAUUAGACACCAGGAGUGAACAUUGCCAGAGGUUUUUCAGAGAAGGCCUCAAUACUUCUUUCACCAAAAUAAUGACUGACGAGGCAGUGAGUGGAUGGAAAUAUGAAAUUCAUAGAUGUAUUUUGAAGAAUGCAGAAAAGAUGAUUGAAUUAUCUGUGUCAAAACUAACCGAUGAUUGGUUCCCUCUCCUGGAAUUAUUGGCUAUGGUUUUGAACCCUGUUUGCAAGUUCCAUACCUACAAUGGCACAAGGCCAUCAGAUAGUGUUCCUGCUAACACAACUGUAGCAGAUGAUGUUUUAUAUGCCCGACCACCUGACCCACGUACACCCAGGGGCUGGUUGGUAGACCUUGUAAACAAGUUUGGAACAAUGGAAGGAUUCUCGAUUCUGCUGGAGCGCUUUACUGGGGGACCACAGCUGUCAGUACCUGUUAUCGCUGCCCUCAUCAAGCCAUUUGGACAGUGUGCCGAAGUGCUAACCCCACACUGUGUGGAGAAAUACUUUAUGCCUAUAGUUGCUGUUGUGCCAAAGUUCCUGGACUCAUUGACUGACGAGGAGUUGAAAAAGGAGUCUAAAACAGAAGCAAAGAAUGAUGCUCUGUCAUCUAUAAUCAAAGCCCUUAAACAACUUGUGUACAGACUACCAAACCAGGAUGAGAAAAUCAAAGCUUUAGAGACCUUCAGGCUCAAAAUGAUACUACGGUUACUGAAGAUCUCAUCUUUUAAUGGUAAAAUGAAUGCCUUGAAUGAAGUGAAUAAGGUGAUAGCCAACGUGUCAUUCCAAUCAAGUCGACAUUCACAAGUGGAUGAAGAUGAAUGGCUAACAGCGGAGAAAAUGGCGGAGUGGAUACAGAACAACCAUGUGUUGACAAUCGUGCUGGGAGACAGUCUACAUCAGCCCCAGUAUGUGGAGAAGCUGGAGAAGAUCCUACGCUUCAUGAUCAAGGAAAAGGCUCUGACAGGCAGUGACCUAGACACACUUUGGGAGGCUCAGUCUGGCAAACAUGAUGCGAUUGUCAAAAAUGUACAUGACUUGCUAGCAAAGUUGGCGUGGGAUUUUUCACCUGAACAGCUAGAUCACCUGUUUGAAGCUUUCCAGGGGAGUUGGGCUCAAGCCUCAAAGAAGCAAAGAGAGAAACUCCUGGAACUGAUUCGUAGACUCGCAGAGGAUGACAAAGAAGGUGUGAUGGCACACAAGGUGCUGGGGCUGCUGUGGAACCUGGCACACAGCGAAGAUGUACCUACUGAGAUCAUGGACCAGGCCCUGAACGCUCACAUCAAGAUCCUUGAUUACAGCUGUUCUCAGGACAGAGACACACAGAAGAUGACAUGGAUAACAAAAUUUGUGGAGGAACUUAAGAAUGACAAGUGGGUACUUCCAUCUCUGAAGCAGAUCAGGGAAAUAUGUCAGCUGUUCCCAGAGACUAAUGGUUCUCCUACCCAGGCUCCACAGAACUUUCCCCACCCACCACAGCGGACUCCACAUGUUUACUACAGGAACAUGGUCAUCAGUCAGCUCCAGAGUAACCAUUCCAUUGUCAUGUUACUGGCACAGAAUCUCUCCUCCUACAUGACCAAGGCCAGGGCCUAUGCAAAAGAGUUCCCAGAAUCUGACUCUGCUAAUAUCUUGCCAGAUGGCCGAUUUAACCAUAUACUACAGAUACAGGAAAGGUUGAGAUUUCUAAGGUUCCUAUUGAAGGACGGUCAGCUGUGGCUGUGUGAAUCCCAGGCAAGACAGAUCUGGCAAUGUCUAGCAGAGAACGCCAUCUACACCACUGACAGGGAGUCCUGCUUCAAGUGGUUUGCAAAGCUGAUGGGAGAGGAACCAGACUUAGACCCGGAGAUCACUCGAGAUUUCUUUGAACAAAAUAUUCUUCAGCUGGAUCCCAGUCUGCUCACAGAAAAUGGAAUGAACUGUUUCGAGAGAUUCUUUAAGAAUGUGAAUGUAAAGGAGAGUAAACUAAUCGCCAAGCGAAGGGGAGGACACAUGAUGGAUGACAUGGAAUUGAUUGGUCUAGACUACAUGUGGAGAGUUGUGCUUUUGAGUCCAGAUGAGGUGUCAAACAAAGCUAUCACAUUACUCAAAGACAUUUUCACCAACUUGGGUCCACGUUUGUUACAAAACCAAGUAGAAAUUCAUGAGGACUUUAUCCAGUCCUGUAUUGAUAGACUCAAGGCUAUAUACGAUACUGUGAGUGUGCUAGAGAAGGACAAAGACAGUACAAACCGUGUGAUGCAGGAGACAACGCGGAUGGUGCGAGUUCUAACUGUGUUAAAGGAGUACGUCGGGGAAUGUGAUGAGGCUUAUAAUGAGGAGAGAACUAUCCUUCCUCUUAGUCGAGCUUGCCGAGGGAGAUUGGUGUCUUUGAUACUGAGAUUUCCCAGUCAAGGUCGUCAGCCAGAUGACCUUGACAUCUGGUCACACACAAACGAUACAGUAGGUGCAAUACGAAGACAGGUGUUAACCAGGGUCAAGGCUGCCAGCAACAUCAAAGUGGAUUUAUAUGCAAAUGGAGAAAUCCUGGAUCCAGCAGAGGACAAGCGCCUCAUUUCACAAGUUCCUCUCCGCGACAAAACUCUUAUUUCUGCCAAGCUUGUCCAGGUUGGAAACAACAUGCCCUCUAGUCCAGAUAGUAGCUCGGAUAGCUCUGCGGGCUCCCCCCACCACACGUUUGAUGGGCCCAACGUAGAGGCGGAGAACUGUCUCCCGGGAGUGUUGAUAUCCAACAGUUUCAAGUACACCCAGUUCCUGUUCCAGUUAUCUGACCUUGGUUGUCAGUUACAGGUUCCCAAACUUCGAGACACUGCCAGAAUACUUCUCAAAAUAAUGCCUGCCGAUACUCACACUGUGGAUAAACUGCGGAGUAUAUGUGCAGAAAACACUAGAUCUGAAACCUCCCUAUCACAACAGUUAGAGCUCAUGUUUUUCAAUUCCUCCACAACACAGACCCUGUACAAUAUUGAGGUGUGCUACAGUUUACUGAUGCCUGCGGGGGAACCGCUGUCGGAGGAUGCCUUUGACUUUCAGUUUAAUUUUGUGAAGAGUGGAGGAGUGCAGUUGGCAUUGAACAUGUUGACAAAGAACAAUUUCAUGCCAGCUGCGGACUUGCAUUCAAAGAGGAAUGUGUAUGUGACUGUGAUGAAGGUGUGUAAGCUGAUGUUGACGACGGUGAGCCACGCCAAGUUCCAGGUUGUAGUUGAUGCAUGUAAUGCUGACCCUCAGUCCCCGAACAUCACUGCAGCGGAGCACAAUCACGCAGUGAUCCUACAACAGGCACUCCAGUAUAUCCCCAACCCCACCUCCGAGUUUACCACCAAGAAUGUCGCCAUGCGUCUAGGACAACAGCUAUUGGACCAGGCAACAAAGACAAUACCUGACCUAGCCACCAUAAAAGCUAUACAGAAGAUAGCCUGGGCCUCCAGUAGUAGUUCUCUACACCUUGUCCAUGCUACCAACGAAGAAAUCCACAAAGCCCACGAAAAGCCUAAGGACCACACUGACUUUGACGAUCUGACUGUGGCACGUGAGGCCCUUGAAGUGUUGACUGUGUGUCUGGCAUUGUGCCCACCUGCAUUAGAUGCCCUCAACAAAGACAAGGCGUGGCAGAUCUUCAUCAAAGAUCUCCUCCUCUUGUGUAGCCACAGUCAUGUGCGGGUAGCAGGGGCGGAACAAUUCUACUUGAUGGCUACACGCUGCUGUGGAGGGACGCGGCCAAUGGUCUUCUUCAUCACUCUUCUCUUCUGUGAACUGAAUGAAUCUGUGAAAGAGAAUGCAAAGCAGGCCCAUGAAUACUUCAGUCUACUUUGCAAGUUGUUGAACUAUGCAUGUGCAAGUGAUGUGAGGCUGCCGAAUGCAGAGAAGCUGUUGAGUAAUGAAAUUGACUGGUUGAUUAAAACAAGGGAUGAUGUGGUAAACACAGGAGAGGUGGUUGUAGAGGAGGCCUUGUUAGGGGGACAUCUUGGGAUCACACGUGAACUCUUAGCAUUCCAGUCGUCAGAGAAAAAGUGCAACAUUGGCUCAGAGAAGGGAGGAGCUAAUCUCAUCAAGGAGAUAGUGGAGGAUUUCCUAUUCCCAGCGUCUAAGAUAGUGCUGCAGAGUAGGAAACUAAAUGGGGAGUUUCCGUCAGAUCAGGCUGUACCAGUCUGUUCUGCGUCUUCAACUGUGAUAGCCGCGUUUGAACUUUUAGUGGCACUUUGUACAAAUUGUCUCCCCAACCUUCGCUGUCUUGCCGGAAUGUUAACAGAAAUGUUUUACAAUGGUGAACAGCCUCUCAAUGAAUGGGAGUACCUACCUCCUGUUGGUCCUAGGCCCAUUAAAGGCUUUGUGGGGCUGAAGAAUGCUGGUGCUACCUGUUACAUGAACUCGGUCCUACAGCAACUGUUCAUGAUAGAACAGAUACGGACGGGGAUCCUUGCAGUAGAAGGUGUGGCAGACGAUAUUGAAGAGGAGUAUGUUGGCGAUGAAAAGAGUGAAAGUGAGGUAAGACAAACAAAUGUGGACAUGGGAGAUGAAGAGCGAAAGGAUGAAGAGAAGUCUGUGAGCAACAAGGAUGAGGCACGGAAAGAGUACCACCAGGGUGUUCUUAAACAGAUCCAGCUCAUCUUCGGCCACCUAGCCACCAGCAAGCUGCAAUAUUAUGUCCCCAGGGGAUUCUGGAAACACUUUAGGUUAUGGGGUGAGCCAGUGAACUUGAGAGAGCAGCACGAUGCCUUAGAGUUCUUCAACAGCCUGGUGGACAGUUUAGAUGAGUCUCUCAAGGCUCUCGGACAACCCACCAUCCUCUCCAAGGUGAUGGGAGGCUCGUUUGCUGACCAGAAAAUCUGUAAAGACUGUCCUCAUAGGUACCAGAGGGAGGAACCGUUUACCACAUUAAAUGUGGACAUACGUAACCACCAGAACCUUCUUGAAUCACUGGAACAGUACGUCAAGGGGGAUUUACUAGAGGGGGCCAAUGCAUACAAAUGUGAGAAGUGUAAUAAAAAGGUUGAUACUGUAAAAAGACUUGUGAUAAAGAAACUGCCAAAAGUCCUAGCCAUCCAGCUUAAGCGAUUUGACUAUGACUGGGAAAGGGAAAGUGCAAUAAAGUUCAACGAUUACUUUGAGUUUCCGAGGGAGAUAGACAUGGAACCCUAUACAGUUCAGGGGCUAGCCAAGAUUGAAGGUGAAAUAAUAGACGAUGAUUUUGAUACGAAGCCACAGAGUACGAAGUACAAGUUGUUUGGGGUUGUUGUCCACAGUGGGCAGGCUAGUGGUGGCCACUACUACUCGUAUGUAUUACACAGGGGUGAAGAUAACCAGGUGAAGUGGUAUAAGUUUGACGAUGGUGACGUAUCGGAAUGCAAGAUGGAAGAUGAUGAGGAGAUAAAGAACCAGUGUUUUGGAGGAGAGUACCUGGGAGAGGUGUUUGACCACAUGCUGAAGAGGAUGGCAUACAGACGACAAAAGCGUUGGUGGAACGCUUACAUCCUGUUUUAUGAACGUCAGGACGAGACGGAGGAUGAAAAACACAUCUACAAGUCAUUGCAGGACCUCACCAUAGCGAACAAGCCAUCACAAGUAAAGAUGCCUGGCACUAUUGAGAAGUGUGUGAGGAAACAGAACAUUAUGUUUAUGCAUGAGAAGAGUCAGUUCUGUCCCGAGUAUUUCCAGUUCAUGAAGAAGUUGUUGACGUGUAACCCAAUGUAUCACUGUGCCGACAAAGUGAAUGCUGAUGCUGAGAAUGUGGCCAUGAUCAGUACAGAGCUAGCAGCAAAGUUCCUAUUCCAUGUAGGGUUCCAUACCAAGAAAACAUUGAGGGGUCCAGCUAAUGAGUGGUAUGAAGCAUUAAGCUGUCACCUACGACCAAGCAAGAAAGUACGAACUUGGUUUGCACAGCAUGUUCUGUUUGCCCAUCCCAACAGAUUUGCAGAGUACCUACUAGAAUGCCCAACAUCAGAAGUAAGAACAGCAUUCUGUAAAACGGUUGUGUGUCUGUCCCACUUUGCCCUACGGGAUGGGCCAUGCCCACCACCACUGGUACAAGGAUUGUAUGCUGGACACCCGGCUGACCCUAACGCCACUCUGAGUGACCACCUGUUGCUGGCUGUGCUACACUUACUGAAGAAGGAGGUGUCAGAACAUGGACGACACCUACAACAGUACUUCCACCUGUUCCUAAUGUACGCCAACCUUGGACAGGAUGAGAAAAUGCAGCUGUUGAAACUGAAUGUGCCGUCAAUGUUUAUGCUGGUGGCAUUGGAUGAGGGACCAGGGCCACCAAUCAAAUACCAGUAUGCAGAGUUAAGUCGACUCUAUUCUGUGGUGUCAAUCCUCAUCCGAUGUUGUGAUGUGUCCACCCGUUGUCUUUCAUCCAAUGGUGAGCCAGCCAAGGCCAACCCCCAUGGUGACAGUUCUGUACAGAACUCCCUGAUGCCUAUACAGUCACAAGUGUCGGAUAUUCUGUACGGACGUACCAGCUAUGUCAAAAAGUUGAUUGAGGACUGCAACAAUACAGAGGAUACUACCAAACUUCUAAGGUUCUGUUGCUGGGAAAAUCCACACUUUUCAUCAACAGUUCUGAGUGAACUACUUUGGCAGGUUGCAUAUUCCUACACGUAUGAGCUACGGCCUUACCUGGAUCUCCUCCUCCAGAUGUUACUCCUGGAAGAUUCCUGGCAAAACCAUCGUAUACACAAUGCCUUGAAAGGUAUACCAGAUGACCGCGACGGCCUGUUCGACACCAUACAGAGGUCCAAAAACCACUACCAGAAACGAGCGUACCAGUGUAUCAAGAUGAUGGUGUCGCUGUUCACAUUAUGCCGUCCAGCUGCCGAGAUGUUACAAACCAAUGGUGACCUCAAGCGCAAGUGGACCUGGGCAGUGGAAUGGUUGAAUGAUGAACUAGAAAGGAGGCCAUAUCCAGGGAACACGCAAUAUACCUACAACAACUGGUCCCCACCUGCACAGUCUAACGAGACAUCCAAUGGAUAUUUCCUAGAAAGGUCACACAGUGCCAGAGAAACAUUAUCAAAGGCGUUCGAGCUUUGUCCUGAAGAGGAACCAGAGGAUGGUUACUUGACAGAUGAACAGGAAACACCUGCCACAGAAGAUGCUGUACCACCUACCUAUCCUCCGGGGCAGACACAACCUCCAACAACCACAAGUCCCCCAACAAGUGCAUCACAAACACAGCCCCCAACUCAACCAGCCUCUCAGCCUCCAACUCAGCCACCAGCCUCUCAGACUCCCACUCAGCCACCAGCCUCCCAGCCUCCGUCUCAGACACCGGUACAAAAUAACCAAGUGAAUGUAAGUCAUGUGUCACCACAGCCAAUACACCCUAGUAACCAGAUCAACAACCAGCUCAACCAACAAACCUCACCGGCCACACCUGCCCCCACAACUGGGGGUCAGUCUGAUAACCCAGACACGGGGGAAGAGGAGGUGGACAAUGGCAACAAAAAAACAACGCCUGAAUGAGCGACAACAUGUUGUGUAUGUGGUAAUACAUGACCUACAUAUGUUACAACACAAUGAACCAGUAUCAAUAGGAAAAGUGCUACAGGCUUGAGUCAGUGAUGUUUACUACAGUAUCGGGUAGUGAAGGAAGUCAUUGAUCUCCCGGUACGGGGGUGAUACAUACAUUCACAGCUACAAGUCCCUUUUUGUUUUACUCCUUGAAGGAAAACUGUUACAAUUGAUUACUCCACUUGGUAUGUAUACCAAAGUAGACGAAAUAUUUUUGGUUGAAGGUACAGAUGGUCAGAGAUAAAAAGGAAUGUCCUCAUAUUUUUCUAUUCUUAGUGCAAGGAAUCCAGACUACAUUAACAAGGGACAAAGUUAUGGUCUGUCAUAGAUUCAGGGUAGAAAAUGUUCUAUCGUGAAAAAGGUAGGACAUAUCCUUUUGGUACCAGGAAGAAGUUUCAGUCUGGCCAGGUACCUGACUAAAAACUAUGUACGACCAUUUGAGUGCCAGACAGAAAGUCCCAACCUAAUGUGCACUUCUCUGUAUAUCUGAAGUUCUCUGACCAAUCAAUGUAGUUACCUGUCAGGAUUACACCUGCCUCUGUGUGUACAGGCUUCAAACGGAGGAAUAUAGUUACCUGUGAUCCACAGUGGAAUAAAUGGUUAUUUUAAAAUGGCACCGUUUUAUAUUGGUGUGUUUGUUAAAGAUGACUUUACGUGUGAUGCAAGUGAUCAAGACUACAGUCAGGGUUAUUGGGGGUCACGUGACUGAAUAUGCUCCAGUAGAGAAGGCGUAAUAUCUGUUGUGGGAGGUGGGUUAUUUUGGGUAUUUUAGAGAGAGAAAAUUACUUCAGGCACAUGAGAAUGAAUUGAAAAAGACCUCCAGAAGUUUCCUAUCUUGCCAUCAGGUCUUUCACUACUUUAGUACUUAACUGCUCUAAUGUAGAUUUUUCAAGUGAAACAGCAAAAAGAGUUGUGUAUGUUUAAGAUGUGGGAAGGCACAGCAUGAGUACAGUUUAGGAAGUCUUCUUACAACAAGCUAAUGCUGUAUAACAGUUCUAUUAUUAUGAUGUUUUGCACUUAUUGAGGAAUAUACAACUGUUUUAGGAUUAAGCAAAUAUAUGCUGUGCUAAUUUGCAAGAUAUAUUUUAAACUGUUCAAAUUCACAAAGGUGACAAUCUGAAUACUUUCUAUUUAUGAUACUAAGCUAGUCUAAGUACAUGUGUUGGUAGAUAGGCAGAUGCAUCAAAGAGGGAUGUUGUAAGAUUUUUUCACUAUUACCACAUAGAUGGAGGAAUUCACCAUACUGUAUCCGCUAUAUCUUAAUACUUACUUGUAACAAGUUGUGACCAAUGACAGAUGGCGCAUCAGAACAAUUUACAUCUUUUAAGCAGUGUCUGAAAGGCAAUGAGGAAGUGAACAAGUGUCGGAGUGUUGAUAAUUAUCAAUUAUAAGUGCAACAGUUAUCUUAAACUGCAUGUUUAUAUACUGUUAUUUCAAGGCUGCAUGUUUUAAACAGAUUGCCUUUGUCUGUAUUUCCUUGCACAGGUUUAUUAAUAAGUAGUUGAUCAAAUAUGGUUCAGGGCCAGUUGUGCUAGGUUUCAUAAGCUUAAGACUUAUAUUAACAAAACUGUUUUGGGCUUCUUUUUCAAAAUAUUAUUUCUUGUGCUAGUGAUCAUAUUAAAUCCAUAUAUACAUAUGUGUAUUUUAGUUAGUGUUGUUGGAUUUAAAAUCCAAACGUUCGUAAAGUUAAUUUUGAAUUCUACUAUUUAUUAAACAGCUUGAAAUGAAAUUUUGCAUUUUACCUAAUUCCAUGACGUAAGUUUAAAUAGUGCUUUAGGCUUUGCAGGGUCAGAUAUAAACUAUUUUAUUAAUCUAGAGAACUGGUUGGAUAGUGUAUUUACUAGUCCUUCAUGUCCGCUACUAGUUUUAGAACUGUUUGCAGAAGGUAACAUCCUGAGCACUUAACAACAAAAAGGAGAGAUGGCUGUAGGGGAAAUAAAACAGUUCUUAAGCUGUUGAAGUAUUGUGAAGUCCAAGGAGAAAAGAAAAAAAUUAAUAUAUAUUUUGGGCAGUUUUUUAAAGGAGUAUAUCUUAUUCGUUAAUAUGACUUGGUGGGUUAGGUGAUUCUGUAAUCUUUAAUUAUUAUACUAGUUUCAGAUUAUAAUCUAAUGUAAUUGACAACUCCUGCUCUGUAAGUUAAAUAUCAAAUCAAUAGGAAAACAAUUUGAAUUAAUAUGUCGCCCAUAACUUGCUACAAAGUGUUGGGAAGCCUGGCCUUAAAAUUCAGUAUUUUCAACUUAUAGUGCCUAUAAACCAUGAUUACUCCUGUAAAAUCCAAGUAUUCGGGCUACAGAGUGAACAGGUCAGCAUUUUACUCGCAAGUGUAUUUAACAGUGUUGAUGUGUUGUUAAACCAUGUGCUUUUCCAAGAAAACCUACAUACAAACUGAAAAUAAUAUUUAAUAAUAUUAUCAAAUAAUAAUUUUAAGUAUUUUGUUAAAGAAGCCAAUAAAGUAGUUUUAGAUUGUCCCUUAAAAUGUUUUCCUCUUCAAAUUUUGAAAGAUCGGUAAGUAGGAGCAUGUUUGACCUCAAUGUUCUAUGCUUAAGCUUGUGACACUGUGAACAACUGUUAGCCCUGACACCAAACGUUGACGCUCUACUCUAAACAAUGUAAUCUAGCACCAUGUCCGAUUGUCACGAGCAAAAAUGUAUUCACACCAAAAGAAAAAGCGUUCAUAUAGUAAUUUCUACUUUCAUGCUUUGCACUUGUGAUUUUAUUGAAGUAUUGUAAUUGUUGGAAGUUGAUAUUUUGGUAUAUUAUUAACUGGACAAUUUUCAAUUUAUGGAUGCAUGUAAUGAACUGAUAAACCUUUUUCUCCUGAAUCUUUCUGGGAUUCAUUGUCAGAUUGGUCAAGCAAUGCGUUGAUGUCAAUUAGUACUUGUGUACCAACAUGAUGUUCAUUGUUGACCAUGCAAAAUAUAUAAACAAUUCAGUAUGGCUGCAAAACGUUUCCUGCAGUAAACAAGGAGAUGGAUGCUUGAUUUGUAGUGUAUUAAUGCAUGGUGGUUAUUUUUUUAUUUCUGGCAUAUUUUCCUAAGAAAAUGGCUACAAUACUGUCAGACCUAUUAUCAGAUUAAAAUGUUUUUAUCAGAAUUUUUUGCACUAAUUGAAAAAGAGCUGUGUAACAUUGAAAAAAAAUUGAUGUGUUUUUUUCUAUCUUGUUUAAUAAUACUAUUACAGUUGUCUCUUUUUGUCCAGGAUACAUUGCAAAUAUUUGAUAUGUAUCUGUUUGUAAUGUCAGAAAUAUUGUUGAGAAUAUAUUUAUGCUACACAUACCCAUAUAUGUGUAUAAUAUAUGUGAUGUUCACAUAUGAGACGAUGUAUAUGUGUGCGGAAUACACUAGUAGUAUUACAACUCACGGCACUGGUCUGUAUUCAUGUAUAAUAAGUAUUGAUGUCAUGUAUAUGGUGAGUACAUAGUGUUACAUUUGUGUGCAUGUAUAUAAUUAUAAACUUUGUUGGUGAGAUGUCGAGUAACUAUUAAAGCUAUAUGUGAGUGUGUGUGAGUGUGUAUAUUACUCUGGAUCCUGUCAAUGUAGACCAACUGUUUCUUGAUAGUGCUAACACAUGGUAAGGAUAUUAGAGUGGUCUCACCAGGAGAGAUGUGCUUUCAUCAUUGUUACUGUACAUAUAGAGUAACCUUAAGUUGCCUUGCAUAGUAUGCACAGUGGCACGUGUUUCAGACUUGUGAUAUUCUGUAAUAUAUGUAUAAUACACAGCAUCUGUAUAAUAGUUUGUUUUAUUUUAAAUGCGUCUGUACAUAUACCUGUUCUAAAUCUUACCCUUUAUCCUCUAGGUAUCUUCCUAUUAGUUGGUGAAGAGUUACGAUUCAUUACAAAUUGCAUUAUAAACGAUAGUCACUCUCUGUCUAUGGAUACCGUUUUUGAAGCAUAACAUGUUUCAAUAGUCUGGAAUGGGGAAAAUUGUCUUUCAAAUAUCAAGACACAUUUUCUGAUUUCAUAAAUUAUUGAUCACUCCAACUAGCUGACCUAAGGUUUUAACGUAUAAAAUAUGUCCCUUUCUGUGGUAAGGACAUUAUUCACAUUUUUUUAAACAUUUUUUUUGCAUAUUUCCUGGGCUCAUUUUCAAUUCAUAAGCCCUUAAGGACGAUAUUUAUUGCACCAGCAAUAUGAAUGGAAUGAUUCCGAGGAAUAUGGGAAAAAAUAUUGAGA